CCGUAGUAACCUACCCGGUCACGCUGUCGCUAAGAAAGCCGGAGAGUGGAAGGGGAGUUGGGGGGAUUGGUGUUGUUGAGAGAAAUCCAAGUCCAUCUGUUGUUUUAAACGGACUGGACGCCGUGUUACUGAGGAGGAGAGCCCCUGUCUGAGAACCAAGAUGCUGAAUAUGUGGAAGGUCAGAGAGCUGGUGGAUAAAGCCACCAACGUGGUGAUGAACUAUUCCGAGAUCGAGUCCAAGGUUCGAGAAGCCACCAACGACGACCCCUGGGGACCUUCCGGACAGCUCAUGGGGGAGAUAGCCAAAUCCACGUUCAUGUACGAGCAGUUCCCAGAGGUGAUGAACAUGCUGUGGAAUCGGAUGCUGAAAGACAACAAGAAGAACUGGAGGAGAGUUUACAAGGCCUUACUGCUCCUGGCGUACCUCAUCAGGAACGGGUCCGAGCGGGUGGUCACCAGCGCCAGAGAGCACAUCUACGACCUGCGCUCCAUGGAGAACUACCACUUCAUCGACGAGAACGGGAAGGACCAGGGCAUUAACGUGCGGCAGAAGGUGAAGGAGAUGGUGGAGUUUGUGCAGGACGACGACCGGCUGAGGGAGGAGAGGAAGAAGGCCAAGAAGAACAAGGACAAAUACAUCGGGGUGUCCUCGGACAGUAUGGGGACCUUCCCACAGACGGGGGAACGUUUGGACGGGGAGCCCCGGGCGAAGUGGGAGGAGGACUGGGACAGGAGCAAAGGAGGCAGCUUCCCCUUCAGCGAGAAGCUGGGCGAGAUCAGCGACAAGAUCGGCAGCACCAUCGACGACACCAUCAACAAGUUCCGCAAGAAGGAGCCGGACGACUCGCCCGACAGGGGCAGUGACAACGAGGAGGACCGCGACCAUGCGUCCCGGAACGGCCGGGCCGCGAGCUCCGAGUUCAAGGACGAGGAGGAGACGGUGACCACCAAGAGCAUCCACAUCACGCACGCCACGGAGACCACCACCACCACCACGCGCAAGCGCGGCGGCGUCCCCUCCAAGACCGUGGACCUGGGGGCCGCCGCCCACUACACGGGCGACAGGAGCAGCCCCGACAGCGCCAAGGCGACGGGCGCGGGGGUCAGCCAGACGUCCGGUGGCGGCCUUGUGGACCUGUUGACGUUGGACUCUGGGUCCCGUCCGGCAGCACCUGCAGGUGGAAGCUCAGACCUGAUUGGUGGAUUCGCAGAUUUUUCCUCGCCGGCCGCCUCUGCUAGUUUUCCCGCUGCGGGCGGUUCGACGCCCGGUGGGAACAGUGAUUUUGGGGACUGGAACACGUUCCCUGCCGGCCAGCCGGCCGCCCCCUCCUCCCAGCCCCUAGGUGGCACUGCGACAGACCUCUUCGGCAGCGUACAGACCCCGCCCACCCAGGUGUCCUCCCCACCUUCCGCAGACCUCUUUGACCUGAUUGGCUCCACCCAGGCCACGAUCAGCGCCUCCCAAAGCCUCAACUUCUCCUUGUGUAGCACGCAGCUCGUUAGCGGUAGCAGCGGCAUGCCGAUGUCCACGUCUCAGAUGGGGAUCCAGAAGCUGGGGGGAAAAGGGUCGCUCCCGGCAACGUGGUCGGACCCCAGCGUCAACAUCAGCCUCGACUUCCUGUCCCCAGGAAUGCAGCCGCCCAAACCGUCCCAACCCAGCCUCAACGCCAUCAUACAACAGCAAGGUGUCCAGCCACCCUUGAACAUGGUCGCCCAGAGCUUUGCCGGCCUGAACCUGAACACACAGCCGACACCGACGCCCAUCAGACCACCCACGAACCCCAUGAUGGCCGGGCCGGGGGUUGCCAUGGGGAUGCCGCCCACCAUGGCAACAGGCACCAUAGGCACCAUGGGAAUAGCGCCCCCCGCAGGCGGGCCCCUCGGUCACGGGAUCCUGGGGAUGAACUUGAGCAUGGGCAUGCAGCCCGUGGGCAUGGGCUUGCCCAGCACCAUGGGCAUGGGCCUGAUGGGCAUGGGGCAGGGCAUGACGCCCGCCAUGGUGCAUCCCAAACAAGAUGCCUUCGCCAACUUUGGCAACUUCGGCAAAUAAUGGCGAAGCGCGAGGGGGGGGGAGGUGGAGACAAGGCGGAAGAAGGGACAGCCAUGAAGGAAUGAAAGAGCUGCACACGGACUACCUGAAAAACACAAGAACGAAUCCGUCCCCCUUCAGCUCUUAUAUGUUAUACUAAUGUAUGUAUGUGUAUGUAUGUACAGACAUACGCACAUAUUUAUUUUCUUCUGUCGGGGGGUUGGGGGGGGGGGGUGUGGGCAGAUUUUGUAAGUGGCAGGAACUGAGUGUGAACAGAUAUAUUUAACAAAAAAAAGAAGGAAUGUUCUGAUGUUUCUUCCCUGCGUGAGUGGGGUUUGCCAUCAUCAUAGAGUAAUCAAUUAAAAAGAAAAAAAAACAGCUUUUUUUCCCCCAUUUUUAUAUCCCUCCCACUGAUUUAACCAAUCAGAAGUGACUCUGGAAAUGACCUCAAAACUGUCCAUUAUUUCACACCGUGACUCAAAAGAAUCAUAACAGUCUUCUCUGUAAAUAUGUUUUGAUCUGCAAGAAAUAAAUUAUUGGGAUAUUA